CAUUUUGGCUAUCCAGAGACCCAUUAGUUAUGAUCUCUUUAACGAGAUCUAUUUGAUUCAAGAACUCAUGGAAACCGAUCUCCACCGGGUGAUCCGCACGCAGACGUUGACGGAUGACCACAUCCAAUACUUUAUUUAUCAGACCUUAAGGGCCUUAAAAUGUUUACACUCUGCCAACGUGUUACAUCGGGACUUAAAACCACUGAAUUUAUUGCUCAAUUCCAACUGCGACUUGAAGAUCUGUGACUUCGGGCUAGCCCGAAGCAUUGCCUCGAGCGAAGAUAACUUUGGUUUUAUGACCGAGUAUGUGGCUACUCGGUGGUAUAGAGCCCCUGAAAUCAUGUUGACGUUUCAAGAGUACACCACUGCCAUUGACGUGUGGUCUGUUGGAUGUAUUUUGGCGGAGAUGUUGACCGGUAGACCGUUGUUCCCUGGCCGAGACUACCACAACCAAUUAUGGCUCAUUAUGGAAGUGUUGGGAACUCCUAAUAUGGAAGAUUAUUAUAAUAUUAAGCUGAAGAGAGCCAGAGAGUACAUUAGAUCACUCCCCUUCUGCAAAAAAGUUCCAUUCCAAAGCUUGUUCGCAGGAGCCGUCACAAACUGCAAUCCGUUGGCGUUUGACUUGUUAGAGAAGUUGUUAAUCUUUAACCCAAACAAAAGAAUUACGGUGGAUGACGCAUUAAAGCAUCCGUAUUUAAAGUUGUACCAUGACCCCAACGACGAGCCAAUUGCCGAGAAAAUCCCCGAAGACUUCUUCGACUUUGAUCGCAAGAAAGACGAAUUGACCAUUGAUGAUAUUAAAAAACUCUUAUACGACGAGAUAAUGAAGCCAUUAUAAUUCUUAUAUACUGUAAUAUACCCUACCACAAAACCCCGUUGCGAAUUUUCAGAGCGCGUUGUUCAGCAAAGAAAAAUUUAAAAACACCCUGGAACUCUACGUCUCACCACCAAUGAAGUUAUUUGCAUUUUUGUGGUUGAUUGGAUUGGCACUUUGCCACAACGUCUUGUUGCCUCCAUACGGUAAGCAAUGUUUCUUUGAAACCUUGAAGAAGAAUGAUGAAUUGGCCAUCUCUUUCCAGGUGGGAUCAAGAGACCCUCAAAAUGGUGAACAGUUGAAGGCUUCCUUUUAUAUUGGCUCUCCCAGUGGCCAGGUCUUGGUCAAGAAAAAUGAUAUCGACCACGGUGACGAGGUGGUCAGAGCCACUAGUGAUGGCAAAUACACCUACUGUUUUUCUAACGAAAGAUCCAGUAGAGUGGAUAUGGAUGUUUCUUUCAAUGUGCACGGGGUGAUCUAUAUUGAUUUUGAAAACCCCGACUCUAACACCUUGGACUACGCCAUCCAAAGAUUGAGUCAGUUGACCAGUGACGUGAAGGCUGAACAGGGAUACUUGGUGAUCAGAGAAAGAACUCACAGAAACACCGCCGAAUCCACCAACUCCAGAGUCAAGUGGUGGUCGGUGUUUCAAAUCCUCAUGGUGGCCACCAACUCGUUGUUCCAGAUCUACUAUUUGAGACGGUUCUUCGAGGUGAAACUGGUAGUUUAGGGGUAGCUCUAUAAGGUUAAUAAAAAUGUAUUUUUCAAAAACAUCUGGGUAGAGCUGGUCGUGUCACUCGGGCAAAUAAUUCAGUUGAAGACGAAUGCCUUUCAUUCCCAAGAGGAUGAGCUCGGCAGAAAGGAUUAAACCGUUGAUUUAUUUGUACGCUCGGAUUUACGGUGCGUCUGACUUCAUAUGAUAGUAGAUGGGGUUGGAAGAACUUGGGGUAUUUCGGGGUUUUGUCAAUACCCCCAGAUAAAGAAACCGAAUAUACCGGAGUUUAAGCCGGUAAGUUGGUGCCUGCCAAUCUGCGGGUCUUUACGGGAUAUUUUGCAAUUACCAUAUU